CCUAAAUCCUCACCUUCACCUCGAGGUUGGGCCCACCUUGCGAUAUCCUCUGGCCCACGUCGUCUUUACCGUCCUCUCACACCACCGUCAACUCAUUUACCAAAACUCAAGGUAACGACUUUCAAGAUUUGUUCUAACGCGAUCGCUCUAAUUCAGUUUAGAUAAUUGGGUUUCGGUACGCACCCGCGCAGUUGCAGUUGUUUGCCUCCUACGCCCAGUCGGGUCGCGACAGCAACAACAACAGUACCAAGCCACACCAUCGAACGAAGUUUUCCCAGCCAGAGCUACGCUUUAGAUACCACUGGCGAUUACGACUAUGCCGCCCAAGGGACUCUACCGAAUCCCAAAACAUCAUGUCGUUGGCCAAGGCACCUCAAUGAAGCGUCAAUCUUUCAACAGCAUGGACUUCAAAGAGGCGGAGAAGCCGGCGCCCGUUACGACGAACGACAGCACGACAGACGAUCUUGUCAACAAUGAAAGGGCUCAGCGAAAGCGCGAGAAGCGUGAGAGGAAAGAAGCCAGGAAACUGAAGAAGGAAGCCAAGGCAGCUAUGGCUGCUGCGGAAACAGGAAAGCUGAAAGAGAAGCAGAACACCCCGCCAAUCGACGCGACACCCGCCGCCACACCCGUCAAGAAUGGCAGGUACGGUCCACGUGGUCCUUAUAAGAAGAGAGAGAAAGGCCCGGACGGAACUCCAGUUUCUGCUGCGAAGAAGCGGAAGAGAGAGACCGAGGUGCCUGUUGACAGUCCAGCUGUCACUGGCAAAGGUCUCGCUGACGCCGACAAUUGGCUCGGCCCCAACUUUAAGAAGAACAUGGAAGACAAUAAGAAGUCCCUUGCUCGCCUCGCCUCUAUCUUCGACCAGCGGAUCAAUGAGAACGCUAAACUUACUGAGUCGCCCAGAAAUAAGCCAGGAAGACCAAAGCUGGAGAAAACACCUGUGGCUUCCAACGAGGAAAAUGUGUCCAAGGUCAGCAAGACACCAAUACCAGUUCCGUCGGUCGCAUCAGCCCUGCCUACCGAGCCGAAGAGCACACCAGUUCCACUUCCUCAGAAGUCUCUUGGUGCUUUGACGCGCAGUGUGAGCGAGUCACCGAUAAAGAAGAACAAGAUAGACCUUCGAGAGUCUGAAGUCCUUGUCAGCGAGACCCCUCUCUCACAAAUGAGCCGUACACCUGCAACCACUCCUCGCGUACAAGCAAUCCCGUUUAGUCUCAGACCCGCAGCCCGAAAGCGCAUUGUUGGCAGCCAAGGUUCCGUGAACCCGCUCACCAAUAGUCAGGUCGACAGUCUUACCACUGCGAACCUCAUGCGGUUCAAAGAACCUCUCAGAGACACUCCGAAGCCGCGUCCUCGAGGCCGUCGUUCCGUUAGCGAGGCACCUAGCACUUCUUCUAGCAGCUCCUCCACCACAUCAAGGACCAUUCGCGACAUGUUAAUGCGUCCAAAUAAACCAUACACACGUCCCAGCAACGAGAUCUCUCCCUUCAACAACAAGAAGAAGCACAUUGAAAGGCAUGACGAAGCCAAUCUUGCCACUUUCUCUAGCACAUUCACGGCUUCCCGCCGAACCGUCAAUUUUACCGAUGAGGCAGCAUACCUUGACGAGUACGACGAGUGGCUCUCCGACAGCGAAGCAGCAGGUACCCUCCCUUGCUUGAAACAAGCCUCAGGAUGCACGGCCAAAUCCGAGCAACUGCUCCAGCUCCAACGUUCGGACGACACCUCAGCAUUCAAAGUGAUCAUCACAAAUGAAACCGAAACUGAGAAUACGGCGUCUGACAUUGCGCGCGUUAAAGCCGCGUCCACCUUCCUGCGCUACAGCAUCCUGACACGCAUCCCCAUACCGCUGGGCUCCAUCGAAGGAACGUUUAAGCUCUACUGCCCCAAGUACACCACUACCCAUGUCGACAAGUACGGGUUCGGUCAACGCACUUUGAACAUCACCUCCAUCGCCGGUCUAAAUCCCAUGUCGGGAGCCUAUACAGCGCGUCUCUCUAUUCCACCUCGCUCCAUGCCGUACCCGAUCCAAGCGUUCGAAGCCCCACCCCACGCUUCGUUCCGCACCAUCACGCUCAAGACAGUUGCUGAGCGGUAUAGAAUGGACGUCAUGUUCUUGGGUAAUGGUUACUUGAAGCUGAGAGUUGAUUUGCAUCUGAUUCUCAAUGGCAAGUCGGCUGGAGAGAUGAAGGCGGGAAAGGGAAAGAGCAAGGAGGGGAAGACAAAGGCCGGAGUGGGCAUCUGGGAGUUUUUGGGAGUGAAUGAGAAGGCGGUUGUCUGGGAACCGACGGUUGAUGAGUUGGAAAAGGAGGGAAGGAAGUUGGUUGCCAAGUAUGAAGGUCGUUAAUGUGGAAGUAUGGAGUCGUGAAGUGGUUGGCGUGAGUUCAUGGUUGGUCGGUGUAGGAAAUGAGAAAGGUUAUCUGGAAUGUGGGCUACCGGCGGGCAGAGGUAGAGUCGGCGAGAUGUUUGC